AAACUUUUGAUAGGUCUUGUUCGUCAUGUAAGGUUUGCUGGUGUUCUUCUGUGUGGGUUCUUUUGGGAUCAUUUCACAUUCUUCUUCUUUUCCUUAAAUUUUGCUAUUUUCUUACUUUUGUUUUGGUGCUAAUGUUCUUUUGUUAGAUUCAAAUAUAAUUUUUUUUGCUAUUAGUUUUUUUGCUUGGCUUUUCUUAUAGCUUGUUGAUUUGGUGGUCUUGGAAACUCAAGCAAGCAACUUCCAGCCCUUUUCUUACACUGGUUUUACUCAGAUACUUCUGUGCACAGGCCUAGGUGUUUUUUCCAUGAAAAAUCUCAUAGAUAAUGAUUUCAUAGUUGGGUAGCUGUGUGUUAUGAAUCAUAGAUUUAAUCUCAGCGGUCCUUCAUCAAAGUUCUUAAAGUAGAUUAAUGGGUGAUUUUUAUUUUCCUUAUUUGCCAUCAUCACCUUUGCUCUUUCCUUCAUCUUCUCAUGAAUCAGAUGACUCGAGUAAUCAAAAUAUUUCCACCUCCUCGGGCUCUGAGGCAAGCUCUGGUCAAAACAUAUCUACUGCAUCUUCCCAUGCAUCAAAUGGCUUGAUUAAUCAAAACCCAUCUAUUCCCUUAGGCACUGUGGCAAUUCCUAGUCUUGAGGACAUUCCCACAGGCUUUGGGGCAAUUCCUAGUCUUGAGGUGAUUAGUUUAAACAAACUUAGCUCGAAUUUGGAGCAGCUCUUGAUAGAUUGUAGGCGUAGUUGUUAUUAUGGUGAUGCUGAAAUUGUUGUUGAGGGGCGCCCUAUUCCAAUUCAUCGCUAUAUCCUAGCUGUAAGGAGCAGGUUCUUCGAUGAGUUAUUUACGCAAGAAAAGGGGUCUUUGGAGGAGGGAGGGAAGCCUAGGUAUUUCAUGAGUGAUCUGUUACCCCAUGGAAAAGUUGGAUAUGAAGCCUUCCUGGUUUUCUUAAGCUAUUUGUAUACUGGAAAACUCAAGCCAUCUCCGCUGGAUGUAUCAACUUGUGUUGCUGGUGUAUGUGCACAUGAUGCUUGUAGACCUGCAAUUAAUUUUACGGUGGAAUUGCUGUAUGCUUCAUCCAUAUUUCAAGUACCAGAGCUGGUUAAUCUUUUCCAGAGACGCCUUGCUAACUUUGUUAACAAGGCUUAUGUGGAGGAUGUAAUCCCGAUAUGUUUGGUUGCAUUUCAUUGUCAAUCAAGUCAACUUGUUGCAAAAUGUAUGGAUAGAAUAGCGAGGUCGGAUCUUGAUAGCAUCUCACUAGAGAAGGAUCUUCCAUAUCAAGUUUCAAAAGACAUAAAAUUUCUUCGCAAGGAGCUUAUGUCUGAUGAUGAACAGAAAAUUAAGGCUGUCGACCCGCUACAUGAAAUGAUAAUUAAGAGAAUACAUGAGACAUUAGAUUUGGAUGAUAUUGAACAGGUAAAACUUGUCCUGACAGAUUCUGAUGUAACACUGGAUGAUGCAAAUGCUCUCCAUUAUGCUGCUGCGCACUGUAGCCCCAAGAUUGUGUAUGAAGUGCUUGGCCUUGGUCUUGCUGAUGUCAACCUGAGAAAUUCACAAGGUUACACAGGUCUCCACAUUGCGGCAUUGCGAAGAGAACCAUCAGUGAUAGUGUCUCUACUGGCAAAAGGUGCUUGUGUUUUAGACCUAACAUUGGAUGGGAGAAGUGCUGUUAGCAUCUGCCGAAGGUUAACUAGGCCAAAAGAUUAUCAUGCUAAAACAGAGACGGGGCAGGAAGCAAAUAAAGACAGGCUAUGCAUAGAUCUUUUAGAGAGAGAAAUGUGGAGGAACCCCAGGGCUGGAGAUGCUUCUUUCACGUCCCUAACAAUUAUUGAUGAUCUGGACUUGAAGAUUGCGUACCUGGAAAACAGAGUGGCGUUGACACAAUUAUUGUUCCCUACUGAAGCCAAGGUAGCCAUGGAAAUUGCUUAUGCUGAGAAAACAUCUGAGUUUGCAUCAAAAAGAUUUAAUCGGAAUUUUAGGGAGCUUGACUUAAAUGAGACACUGAUAACUCGGAACAAAAGACUUCUUUCUAGGUUGGAAGCCCUAAAUAAAGCAGUGGAAAUUGGUCGACGGUUUUUCCCUAAUUGCUCUCAAGUGCUUGAUCAAUUCAUGGAAGACGACUCGUUGCUUGAUUUGUUUUAUCUUGAAAAAGACAUCCCAGAAGAGCAGAGAAUCAAAAGGGUGCGCUUCAUGGAGCUCAAAGAGGAAACUCGGACGGCCUUUAGUAAGGAUGAGGCUUAGUUCAUGAGCACAGCUUUUGGGAGAAAAUGUAUAAUAAAAGCAUGAUGACUGAAUAUAAAAUGUUGGGGCUGUAAUUUAGAUUUCUGAUUGUAUUAUUUCAGCGAGAGCAAAUGAGCUCUAUGAGCUAAACUCCAAAUACUAUGAAGCCAGUUGCAGAUUAAAUUUAUUGUC